AGUCCUGGCAAUUUUUGAAAUUCUACUUCCUAUUUGCUCAGCCUUGAGAGCUCACAUCACAUCUUUCCAAGUGACAAUGGCAGCUCCAUGUGACAAAUGCUCUCCCGCUUGGAACAAUGUGGAUCUGCUCAGUAUUUGGAGAGAGGAGGCUAUGCAGUCCCAGCUGCGCUUCUGCCAGAAGAAUUUCAGUACCUACAGACAGAUUUCUCAAAACCUGUGCAAAAAGCGCUAUGACUGGGACAUGUUGCAGUGCAGAGUAAAACUCAAGGUGCUGAGGCAUGCGUACCAGAAGACAAGGGAGGCUAACCAUUGCUCCGGUGCUGCACCACAGACCUGCCAUUUUUAUAUGGAGUUGGAUGCUACUCGUGGUGACCCAACUUCCACUGCCAAGAGCUCCAUGGAUUCUUCAGCAGGGCUGGAGCUGGCAGAAAAUGGACCUAACCCAGAGGAUGAAGUUAUCAAUCAAGAAGUGGAGUUAGACAACCACGUGGAGCCCACAGCAGGGUUGCCGUGUGGUGUGUCCAGUCAGGAGCUGUUCUCCACUCCAGAGGUGUCUAGCCAGUCUCAGCAGUCACAUUCCAACAAGCAAGAAGCAGAAGAGGAGAUCGCUGAGGCAUUCCCUACACACUGGUGGAGCACCUCUGCUGGAUAAGAAAGCACCCAUGAAGGAGCAAGGAGGACAUGUUCCAGGAGCUGCAAUAUUCAGAUGCAGAAAAGAGGGAAUGCAGGCAGUGGAGGGCAAUCAAAAGGCAGGACAGAAAAGAAAAUGAAGCCUUUAUUAGGGACCCAACUAAGAGGAUGAAUAAAAUUAUGGAGCAGCAAACAAAUGCUGAAGUCCCUCAUAAUGCUCCAGACUGAACACAUUGUGCAUGCCUGCCUUCCCUUUCUGAACUCAUUCUAUGCCUUCCCCAAACUCCACCUUGUGCAUCCUUUCUGGGACUUCUUGCUUUCCCAUUCACUCCACUCCCACAGAUACCUUUCCAAAUGAUAGCUGGACUUACACACAGCUGUAAAAGUCAGCCCCUCCACUGCUACCUCCUCUCCGUGUG